GUUUGGUUACAUUAUUCCUCAUUAUCGAACAGUUAAUAACAUUUGUCAAUUAUAAAUAUCUAUACACACAUGAUGAAUAAAUAUAAUAAGACAUAUAAUUAAUAGUAAUUGAUAAUUAGUAGUAAUAAAAAAUAAAUUAUUGUCAUUAUUGAUAACAAGUAUAUCAAGUGGAAUUUAAAAUAGUAGAGGUUCGUUGAUUGAUAGUUAAAUUUGAAAUUUAAUUGUUAAUUGCUGGUUAUUAAUUUAAAAAAAUAAGUAAAAAAUGAGUAAAUUUACUUUUAUAAAAUGUGCGUAAGAAAAAUGAUGCAAGUUAUAUUUAUAGUAAUUUAUGACAGCUCGUAAAAUUUCCAAAAAUUAAAACUCUUCAAGUGAGAAAAAAAUUCAAAACGCGACUUACUUCAAGUAACAAUUAUUCAUGAGUGUGAAUAUAGCAGACAUCAGAUGAAUUUAAAAUUAUAAAUAAAUAGAGUAAAUAAUAAAAAAAUAAUAUUAAAAAAAAAUACACUUAUUACAUUAAAAAUUUUUUAAAUGCUAAUUUUUUUAAAAUUUCUAAUGAUUUUACUAAUUAUUUACUCUAUUUAUUAAUAAUUAUAAAUUCGUCCGCUGUCUGCUACGUUCACUCACAAAAUUUCGAGACUACCGACAUCUAUAAAAUAAAAUUACAUGGAAACUGACAAUAAACCGGGAAUUUUUUAAAAUAGUUACUAUGACAACACAACAAAUAAAAUAAAAUAAAUCAGCGUAUCUUAAUUACUCAUAAGUGUAAUUGAUAAUAAAUUGUAAUUAUUUAAUCAACAUAUUAAAGAAGGAAAAAAAAUUUUAACAAAAUGGGUAAAGAGGAAAUGGAGUUACUCAGCAGAAAAUCAACUUCCGAAAAGAGGUCAUUGUUGAGCAGGUAUAAUAUCCCAAUUGAACACCUGUCGUAUGAAUACAUAACCGAGUGUAAUAAUAAAAAGGAAAUAGAAAAAAUAAUUUUAAUAUUACGUUCUGGUGAAGAAGGCUACUAUCCAGAAUUAACAAAACAUGCUGAAACAAAACUAGCCUCAAUAUUUCCUGAUAGUAUGGUUUUGCGUGAACCUCAGCCAGUAAUAAAACAGAAAAUGUUGGGAAAAGAUAAACAAGAGGAGCUUGAUAACGACAUGGAUUAUUGGAUGAAACAAAUGCACUUGAGAGAAAAAGAUCUGGAGGAGGGUAAAAAUUUAAAAGACAAUGAAAUUAUUACUGAGCCAAUACGUAAAAUAACAAAUAAAUCAAAAUCUACGAUGGUGGAUUCAACAAAUGGAAAUAAAAUGACUAAUAGAAUUAAGUCAUAUGAUUAUGCGGCAUGGGAUAAAUAUGAUGCAGACACUGAGUUAAAUAAAAUUGACUUGCAAGAGGAACAGCAGCAAGUAAAAUAUAAAAAAUUACAGCAGGAAAAAGAAAAAAUGGGGGAUAGUAAAUCGCUGUCACGAGAAGAAAUUGUUAAUAAAUUAACUUUGACUGGAACUGAAUUAAAUAUCAUGGCAGAACGUGAACGAGAAAAAGGAAACGAGGCAUUUCGUGCUGGUGAUUAUAACGAAGCAUUGCUGUGUUAUAAUUCUAGUCUGGCGAUUGAUUCAUCAAUAAAUGGGUACAAUAACCGAGCUAUUACUUAUAUUAAAUUAAAGAGAUUUAAUGAAGCGAUUGAUGACUGCAAUAUGGUAUUGGAAAUAGAACCGACCAAUAUAAAAGCCCUGUUGAGAAGAGCUUCUGCCUGUGAACAAACGGAGAAUAAAUAUCAGGCAUUGAAAGAUUACGAAAUGAUUUUGAAAUUAGAGCCGAUGAAUAAAUUGGCGAUGGCUGCUGUUAAAAAAUUACGCAGUUCUAGUACAGCUAAAAAAGUGCGCAUUAAAAUAGAGGAUGAAGAAGAAAAUGUAAGGGGUAAUAAUCGAGAGAUAAAUAUUGGGGAAGAUGAAAGAUUCGAUAUAAUGUCAAGAAUGGAGCAAAAAUAUUUAGAGAGACAGGGAAUUUGUUUUUGCGAUCGUGCUCCAAGUACUUCACAAUACAUUAAGCCACUGCCACACAGAAAAGCCAGUUACUGUUAUGAAAAUAUUACAACUAAGCCACAAAGUCAUAAAUAUCCCAGUGCAUCAUCAUCAGUGUCAUCAACUUUCAGCGGUAGACAAUCGGUUACUUCAAAAAACUCAGGAGUUUUUAUUGAGGAAAUAAUUGACGAGCCGAUUGCUAAAAAAUCUGAGCCUAAUCUUAACCAGAAGCCAGGAGUUAAGAAAGCUCAGCUCAAUUCUUCUAAAUCAGAGUCUGAUAUUAAUUAUAAGUAUAACGAUAUAAUAUCUAAGGAUAAAAAUAAUACAAAUAAUUUAGAUAAUGACAGUGAUGUAGAAUUAUUUGGAGUCAUUGAUUCUCCAUAUGAAUUUAAUUACGCAUGGCAAUCAGUAAAAAAUAAAUCUACUAAAUCGCGGGCUCAAUUACUUAGAUCUGUUGGUCCAAAUAAUAUAGAAAGAGUUAUAGGCAAUAAAUUAGAUGGACCAAUGUUUAGUUUAAUUAUAAAAACUUUAGAACAAAAUUUCUGCACCAACAAAGAUGCCAUUCUUCUGAAAAACUUUUUAGAAGCCUUUAGUAAAUUAAGUCGUUUUUCAAUAGUCUUAUUAUUCACUGACCAAAAUGAUCAGCAAGCAUUAUCAAAAAUAUUUGAAUUUCUCCAACAACAGCAAGUGCCUGGUCUAGAACUUCUGUCCAACUCAUAUCGUAUUUCAAAAUAAAAACUUGUAUAAAUAAAUAAAUAAGUAAAUAAAUAAAUUCAAAUCUAUAAUAAAUAC